UGAGGCCAUGAGGGCAGGGUGGGUCAGCCGCGGCCAGUACCUACCACGCGAGAGCUUUAGACACACGCAGACGCGUACACGCGAGGCGGCGGUCCAUGUUCGCGGCGGCGCGGCGGGGUGGUUCGUCUGCGAGAUCAGUACAAUCUCCUUCACUCCUGCGAUCCGAUCGCAAGACGCGAUCGGAUGUGGAUAUAAUUUGACAGGGAUUCAGAGAAUUAAGAUGAAUGGUGCUUUAUGGAUUCCUAUUCUGCCCCCUCCAGUUGUUGAUGCUCGUUAUCAGGGACUGUGCCUACAGUGUGGCCGCCGCAUUAAGGGCCGAUCUAACCUCUGUUCCAUUUCCUGCAGACUAUUGCGGGUGCAUACCGGAGCUAGGCGAGGUAUGGCUCAAAACCUGGUGGAAUUUUCAGAGUCUGUUGGACAGCCGAUCCAUCAGCUGGAUCAGCUCUGUGGGCAAUGCCUCCGGUCCUUUUGUGGUGUUUCCUGUCCGAACCAUCUGGUCCACCCACACCCCCAGGGUAAUCAUGCUGCAGGACCUGAUAUAAUUACUAUUGAGCGUUUGAAUGGCUGGUUGGUCAUAGACCAAGAACAGCUCCCAGUGGAAUUUGGCCAAGAUAUUCAUGUAAUGGUUGGAGAGGACGGGCGUCACAUGCUUCCUAUUAAGCGCCUCCCCGCUGAGCAUGGAGAUGGGCAUGAUGGAUUAGUAGAGCCAGAUUGGAAUCUUUGUGCUCGUGCAGGGUGUAAUGAGAUGUUCAAUGGAAAUGCUGUGUGUUGCUGCAUGAGGUGCUUCCAUUUACUUUCUGCAUAAGUAACAAGCAAGUUAGGAGAUGAACAAGACGAAGGUUGGCUGUAUUCUGGAACAAGAUGGACUUAACACAGCUAGUGGAGGUCUUGAUACUUUGAUGCCGUGGGUGUGUCCUUUUUUCUUGUUUUCUAGCUGACAUGUCUAUCAAGAAUAGUUCAUGUCGAAACUAGAUUUCGGCAAUAAUAAAAGGGGGUGGCUAUCAAGCUGGAGAAGUGUAUGGGUUUGGAGACAAAGGAUUUAUACAGGUUCAGGCCUUCUUAUUCAAGAAGUAAUACCCUAUUCCUGU